GCACGCAGGUUAGUAGCCCAACGUCAUCAAACGGACAAGGGCGGCCUCCGCAGGUUUCUGCGCUGCCACCACGGUUUUUAAUGCACUGUCAUUGCUUGAAUGUCCUCAAGAAUUCUAUCGUAACAACGCUGACAUUGAACCAAGGCAACGCAAGAUACUGGGAACUAGUCAAAUAUCAUCCCCUCUUCCACAACCCAUUUUCCUCGAAUUAGAUCCCCAAGAUGAAGUCCCUGACAUUGCGAGUGAACGUUGUGGAAGCGCGAAACUUGAUGGCAAAGGACAGACGUGGUACUAGUGAUCCCUUUGUGGUCAUAAAACUGGGUGGUCAAAGCAACAAGACCAGUGUUAUUCCUCGAAAUCUCAGUCCCACAUGGAACGAAAUGUUUGAAUUUGUUCUUACACCAGUGCUGUUUGAUGCAUCAUUGGACUUUAUCGUCUGGGAUAAAGAUCUGAUAGGAAAGGACUUUUUGGGACAAUUAUCCAUCCCCAUAAGUGAUAUACUAAGAAUCAGCGACGCUGCAUCAUUCGACGACCCAAAAAACGAACCAGUGUGGCACCCUCUUCAUCCACGGAAAGCAAAAGAGAAUAUAACGGGCGAGAUAAGUAUCAAGCUCGGGUUCGUCGGAGAGUUGGAUCGGGAUCUUUUGGGAAUGUUGGACAGCUCUGCAGAGCAGACAGCCGUACAUGCUACGCUGAUGACCACCGACGAUCCUGCUGAUGACCUUUACUUUAACCAAUUCACGGGGGAUGCCAGUAGAGAUCAAGACGUACCUCAGACCCCAGAAUCUCCAGAAGACAGCAGUUCAGAUUCGGUUAGCGCCGAUUACCUUGAUAAGGCAGACACGAAGGCAUUUGAUCACAAUGCCCAGAUGGGUUUGUUGACGAUUGAUAUCGUGGGUGCAACCAAUCUUCCAUAUGAGACAAAUGUAACACGCACAUCGUUUGACUGUGAUCCCUUUGUUGUCAUUUCCUAUGGGCGCAAAACGUUUCGAACGCGAACAGUUCGGCAUACCCUACAGCCCACAUGGAAUGAGAGGGUCUUUCUACAUGUACGGCAUUCAGAGCAUCAACUCGGUUGGGCCGUGAACCUCUCGGUUUAUGACUAUGACAAAUUCAGCAACAACGAUUACAUUGGUACCACGGAACUGAAGAUAUCAGAUGUGGUUGCUACGUGUAAACGGCUUCCAAUGACACCCAAUGUGCCAACGAUGAUGCCUCCAGUCGAACAGGAUCUGAAGCUGGCGUUGAAAAACACAAAGAGUGCAGACGUCGCAACGCUCAAGGUCAAAUACACAUUUACUCCGUACAAGGAUCUUCGUCGAAAUUUCUGGUUGACUCUUAUCAAGGAAUUCGACAGCGACUCCAGUGGGAUGAUAAAUAAGGUCCAGCUUACCGCGAUGUUGGACAGUCUCGGUUCGAAUUUCUCAGAUGAAUCAAUCAAUAUGAUGUUCUUAAGUAAGGGGAAGUCGCCAGAUGAGGAGUUGACGUUCGAAGAGCUGGUCGAAAUACUGGAGGGACAAAUAACUGGAAAGAUUGUAUGUCAGGCCAAAACCAUGAGAAGAAAUAAAAGUAGAGGGAAUAAGAACAGCAAGGCAAACAGAAACGGCAGCGACAGCGAUAUUUCCAGCACCAGUAAUUCGGAUGCCACCUUGCAAUCCAACGGCGAAGUAGAACACGUUAUUCAAAUUCGCGAAUGUCCCAUUUGCCGGAAGAAAAUAAAACGAAAGGGAGAUUUGGACGUUGUUUCUCAUGUAGCGCUGUGUGCACACGAAGAUUUGGGCAAAGUGGACCAUUUUGUAAUGGGAGGCUUUCUAACUGAGGCUUAUGCGACGAGAAAAUGGUAUAGUAAGAUUGUUUCAUAUGUGACCUAUGGAGGCUAUAGUCUGGGUAAAAAUAAUGCCAAUAUUAUCGUCCAAGACCGUGCGACGGGACAACUGGUGGAGGAGCGCAUGCCAACCUAUGUGCGUCUUGGUAUCCGAUUACUUUAUCAAUUCCGCUCUGGCCGAAGCGCCGUCGAGCGACGACUUAUCAAGAACCUACUGCGAAAUCUCAGUGUGAAGCAGGGUAAAAAGUUUGAUGACCCAUCAAGCCGGAAAGCGAUUAAGCACUUUAUCGCGUUUCACAAUUUGCCACUUGAUGAGAUACGUGAUCCACUGGAUACCUUUCAGACAUUCAAUCAAUUCUUUUACCGGAAACUAAAGCCGGGCGCAAGAACGUUGGCGUCUCCUGACCCUAAAGUGGCAGUGUCCGCGGCAGACUGCCGAUUAAGCUGUUUCCCAACUGUCGAACGUGCGACGCAAUUAUGGGUAAAGGGGCAACGUUUCACGGUGCCAAACUUGCUACAGGAUGAGCAGAUGGCGGCUACGUUCGAAGGCGGCCCCAUGAUAAUAUUUCGGUUAGCACCUCAGGACUACCAUCGGUUCCAUUUUCCCGUCGAUUGCACGGUUGGGCCAACCAAGUGGAUUGAAGGAUCGUAUUUUACAGUAAACCCAAUGGCGAUAAGAACAACCGUCGACGUGUACACGGAAAACAUACGCUGUGUGACAUACCUUGACAGUCCAGAAUUCGGAAAAAUGGCCUACGUUUGUAUCGGUGCAAUGAUGGUUGGAAGCAUCGUGUUGACAUCUCACGAGGGUGCAGAAGUGAAGAGAAUGGAUGAGCAUGGGUACUUUGCAUUCGGCGGCUCAACAAUUAUACUUCUCUUUGAGAAGGAUGCCAUUGAGUUCGAUCAUGAUUUACGAGAGAACUCUGAGCAAAAUUUGGAAACACUGGUAAAAAUGGGUAACUCCAUUGGAGUUGCCGGGAGUAAGAGGCGAUCUUAGGUCUAACCUCUUUGAUGGGGCUAUAGCUGGGAGGGAGGUGGGCUCUAUCGGACUGCUGAUUCAUUUUGGAUGAUAAAUAUCUUUUUUCAAUGUAAUAUCCCCUUGUUAAUGUUCCAAGCCUUAUUCG